AUGUCCCUCGCUGCUCCUAAAGCCGUGCCGCGGUGCCACACUGUGCCGAUCUUCUCCGGCCCCCACGGUGCCGUCUUGGAGCGCAUCAACCGCAUGAUCGCCUCCGGCGACUUCGACGUCUUCUUCACCGCCCUCAAGGGGUUUCGCAACGGUCUCGUGUACGGCACGCGUGUCCGUGCCCCACACGCCCUCGUGCUGAACCUGGUCUGGAGCAAGUCGCCGUACAGCUCGAUGCCCGCCAAGAUCUUCAGUGUCACAAAGACACACGCGUUGGGCCUCGGGUACAGCUCAGUUACCUUCGCCGUCGUGCGCGGCCUUCUGCGCAAACUGCAAGGCACGACGCACGCAUGGCACAACGCCUUGGCGGGGUUCAUGAUCGGCGCCCUGUUCUGGGGCGACCCGAGCAGCGGCGUCCACAUCCAGAUGAUGAUGUACAUACUUGCUCGAGUUGUGUGCGCUCUCUACCAUCUGCUUACCUCCAAGUGCGCCGCGUCUAUUCCACCGGUGGCGUACCGGCUGUACAUGGGCUGUUUGUGGUGUCUGGCCAUCAUGUUCCUCAUGUACUCGCCAGACAAACUGCAGCCAUCCAUGGCGCAGUCCCUGGAGUACAUCUUCAAGGACAGCGGCAAGUUUAGCAGCUGGUACGACCUCGUCGUGGUGAACUCUGUUGAUAACCUGUAG